UAGUAUAUACACAAAUCGAUCAGGCGUCCUUCUCUUCUCUCUCUCUCUUACAGAGCCUCUUUCCGUUUGCCUCGAAAGCUUUCGAGGUUUAGAGAGAGAGAGAGGGGCUCGAAAGCUAGGGUUUUAGAGAGAAUGUCAGACUUAGACAGGCAAAUAGAGCAACUUAAAAGAUGUGAACCCUUGAAGGAAUAUGAAGUGAAGGCACUGUGCCUCAAGGCCAUGGAGAUCCUCGUUGAAGAGAGCAACGUUCAGAGAGUAGACGCCCCAGUCACAAUAUGUGGGGAUAUCCAUGGACAGUUCUAUGAUAUGAAAGAGCUAUUUAAAGUUGGAGGGGAUUGCCCGCAAACCAACUACUUGUUCUUAGGAGAUUUUGUUGAUAGAGGCUUCUACUCUGUCGAGACCUUUUUGCUUUUACUUGCUCUGAAGGUGAGAUACCCAGAUCGGAUAACACUGAUACGAGGUAACCACGAGAGCCGUCAGAUCACACAGGUUUAUGGAUUUUAUGACGAGUGCCUUCGUAAAUAUGGCUCAGUAAAUGUGUGGAGAUAUUGCACUGACAUAUUCGACUAUCUGAGUUUGUCUGCGUUAAUCGAGAACCGGAUUUUUAGUGUUCAUGGUGGUCUCUCUCCUGCCAUAUCCACAUUAGACCAGAUCAGAACGAUUGAUCGGAAACAAGAGGUGCCUCACGAUGGGGCCAUGUGUGACCUCCUAUGGUCAGACCCUGAGGACAUAGUCGAUGGCUGGGGUUUGAGCCCUCGAGGGGCCGGCUUCUUGUUUGGGGGCAAUGUUGUCAGCUCUUUCAACCACUCAAAUAGCAUCGAUUAUAUAUGUCGAGCCCAUCAGUUGGUCAUGGAGGGUUACAAAUGGAUGUUUAAUAACCAGAUUGUAACUGUGUGGUCAGCUCCAAAUUACUGCUACAGAUGUGGGAAUGUGGCAGCAAUACUGGAGUUGGAUGAGAACCUGAACAAGAAGUUUCGUGUUUUUGAAGCUGCAUCACAGGAUGCAAGAGGGGUUCCUUCGAAGAAACCAGCCCCAGAUUAUUUCCUAUGAAUGAGGUGGGGAUGUAGUUGUUUGUUUAUAUACCAUACACUGGCACCAGUCGAGAGAGAUAGAGAGAGAGGGGGGGCGUGGGGGCGGUGAGCGAGAAAGGAAGGGGAGGCGGGGUGUGCGGUGAUUGCCGGCUUUGAUACUUGUUAAUGAGUGCUUGUGUUUAUGAGAGAGAGAGAGAGAGAGAGGUGUGCAGGUUGAAAUUUGUCUCCAAGUGAGUGUUUGUGUGAGAGAGAGGAGAGAGGAUGCUCGCAGAUUUUGAAAUGGGUUAUUGUCGUUUGUGUUUAAAGUGUCUGAAAGAACAGAGAGACUGCUCUCUACGGCUGUGAAAGGGGUCUUUGCCACUUUUUAGGGUGGAAAUUGGCAUCAGACCCCAGAUUUUAUAAUCAGGUGUUGUAAGGUGGUUUUCAUUGGUUUUCAUUUUAUUUUACUUUUUUGAAUUGUAUUUGAGCCUUUUGGAAGAAUAGAAAAGUUUCUUUGGAUGAAGGUGUGUUGAUGAGAAAACCACAUAUCCUGUUAAUUCAAGACACCCCAUUUCCAUACGUGAACGGAUGAAUUCCAGGGUUAUAGUGAAACAGUGUCUCCUCAUUUGUUGUUUAAUAUUUACCACCACUCCAUUUGAUAUACACGUCAAUUUAUUUGUUGGAUCAAUUGGAAGAGUUGUGUACAUGGUACCGGUGCUGGUGCUCAUAUCCUUCGUUGUAGACAUCACUUUUUUGAGUGGGAAUGGAUCUUCUCCGCUA